CUCGGAGGCGCUCUGUUAGAACGCACAGGGUGGAGAAUGGAGCCAUGGGGGCAGGGCGGAAUGGACUGCCGUAGACUGCCACCGCGUCGUCGCUGUCCAUGCGCGCGGAGCCGGCUUCUCGCAAGCGGGGCUCGGUGGGAAUGGCCGUGCGUGAUCGCAGCCCUCAAGAGAUUGCAGAGCAGCGAGCCGAGAAAUUGUUUCGCCGGCGUGGAAGACAACGCCGUGGUCGCCGAUGGAUUAUCGAGCGAGCUUGCUCUGCGGAAUCACCAGUGCCCGGACAUGGGGGCUGUCAAGCCCUGCGACCUUGAGCAAGAUCAGCAAGACGUGCGAGGAUAUGAGAUUACUUCCCUAGUAUUCACGACGAGCUGGGGCAACUGUGUUUGACUGGGAUUCCGCGUGCGAAGAUAUACGACAUGGCUCUGGUGUGCAAGAAGUGGAAGGCGCAUCUGCUGCACCCGGAGCUGUACAAGGCUCGAAGGCUGCAAUCCGUUCGCGAAGAUUGGGUGAUUAUUUUAGGAGUGACGAAUGUCGAUAAGAAAUGGCGGGCGUAUCGACCCACCGUGAACGAUUGGGUGGUGAUACCACCGUGCCCUAGCGAUUUCGUGGUUCACACGUGCGACAAGGAGAGCAUGGUGGCCGGGCUGAACUUGAUGGUCCUAGGGCAAGGCGGAGAUGGAUACGUAGUGUGGAGAUUCGACACCAUCAGGAGUGCGUGGUCGACGACUCCGAAAAUGCAUACUGAUCGGUGUCUAUUCGGCUCGGCCAGCUUCGGACAAUUUGCCUACUUCGCCGGAGGUACGAGUCGAAGGAGUCUUCUGAAGUCGGUCGAGAGGUACAACUCCGAAGCCGACUCAUGCUGCCUGACAUGAACACGGAGAGGAAGUGCUGCUCGGAAUUUGUGAUGGACGGCAAGUUCCACGUCAUUGGCAGUCAACAACAGUCGAUCAUACUCAACUCGGGAGAGGUGUAUGACCCGGCGAUGAAAACCUGGAAUCUAAUUGAGGACAUGUGGCCGAAGAAGUUCGUCCCGAGCACCCAAGUCGCGCCACCUUUGGUCGCCGUCCUGAACAAUCAGCUGUAUGGCAUCAACAUCAUCGAGAACAUGUUGAUGUCCUACGACAAGGAGAAGAACCAGUGGCAACUCCUGGAGAAGGUUCCUCAUCGGGCCGAGAACACCAAUGGUUGGGGCCUGGGCUUCAAAGCCGUGGGCGACGAGUUGUUCGUGAACGGCGGUGCGCGAGGGGUCGGCCUGUUUUUACCACAGAUUCAUGCAUACAGUCCGAAGGCGGAAGGCAGUGAGAGAUGGAGCAUCAUCGGAGUCGCGAGAGAAAGGAGGUCCAUACCUUCCUCUUUAUUUGUGGGGAUUCAUGCUGGUUUUGUCACUCGGGAUGAUGGCUAUUUAUCCCGUUCUCAUUGCCCGACUGUUUAACAAGUUCACUCCACUGCCCGAAGGAGAGCUGAGGGCAAAAAUCGAAAAGCUGGCGUCAUUACUAAAGUUUCCCUUGAAGAAGCUGUUUGUCAUUGACGGAUCCACAAGAUCUAGCCAUAGCAAUGCAUACAUGUAUGGAUUUUUCAACAGCAAGCGCAUUGUGCUUUAUGAUACACUUAUAUAACAGUGUAAGGAGGAAGAGGUCGUAGCAGUUCUCGCACAUGAACUUGGCCACUGGCAGCUUAGUCAUACCAUGUAUUCCUUUGUAGCCAUGCAGGUUCUUACGCUGUUGCAAUUCGGCGGUUAUACAUUAGUUCGCAAUUCAACUGAUCUUUUCCGAAGUUUUGGUUUCUCAACCCAGCCUGUUCUUAUUGGCCUCGUGUUAUUCCAGCAUACAAUCAUGCCCUUGCAACAUCUUGUUAGCUUUGGCCUCAACCUGGUCAGCAGGGCAUUCGAGUUUCAGGCCGAUGCAUUCGCAAGGAAGCUUGGUUACGCAGAUUCUUUGCGAGGCCUCAUCAAGUUACAAGAGGAAAGCCUUUCAGCAAUGAACACAAAUCCCUGGUACUCAGCAUAUCACUACUCUCAUCCACCGCUUGUCGAACUGCUCCAGGCUCUUGACAAGUACACAAAGAAGGACGAAUGAUGGAAUCACGUCUGGAGAGGAAGCACCAGAGUUGUAGCGUCAGCUGUUAGAGCUUCAUUUGAAAUCGUCCAGCGGACAUAUGUACACAAGAGAAAAUGUUUUGGAAUUGUGCACGGAUAACAGGGAUCUGGUGACUUCACCAGAGUAUAUCAUAUGAGUAAAACAUCACACCUUAGGCUGCUUGGGACUUUGGUAGGUGGCUUUACCUCAUUGGUAAGAUGGGUCAGCAGUUCUUGUUCAAGGGAGAGCUGUGAUCAAUGAUCUUGUCUUGAACUUGUCAACACGAAGCUGCACUUUCGCACUUGUUCC